AAUCACAUGUUUUGUUUUGUUGACUGCCCACCAAAAAGCAUAGACGUAAAAAAGUUGUAAGAUGCACUUUGAUCCCAUACAUAAUUAUUACCAGAGAAAGGUCAACAUUUUGCAACAUAUUUGCUUUUAUUCCCACUGAAGUUCUCUUUCUGUUAACACAACAUGGAAAAGGACAACCUAUCCGUGGUUUUGCAUUCCCAGGGCGACCUCAGACUGGAACAACGCCCUAUUCCUGAACCAGGUCCAAAUGAGGUGUUGAUUCAGAUGCACUCUGUUGGGAUCUGUGGGUCGGAUGUGCACUACUGGCAGCGUGGACGCAUAGGCGACUUCGUGGUGAAGAAGCCCAUGGUGCUAGGGCAUGAGGCCGCUGGAAGGGUGGUGAAGGUAGGCUCAGAAGUGAAGCACCUCAAAGAAGGGGAUAGAGUUGCUGUAGAGCCAGGUGUUCCUCGCGAGAUGGACGAGUUCUUCAAAUCAGGAAACUACAAUCUGUCCCCCACCAUAUUCUUCUGUGCCACCCCACCUGAUGAUGGGAAUUUAUGCAGAUAUUACAAACACAGCGCCAACUUCUGUUACAAGUUACCUGACAACGUGACAUAUGAGGAGGGGGCCCUGAUUGAGCCCCUGUCUGUGGGCAUCCAUGCCUGUCGAAGAGCUGGAGUGACCCUUGGCAGCAGUAUCUUAAUCUGCGGGGCAGGACCCAUUGGGUUGGUCUGUUUGCUGGUGGGUCAGGCUAUGGGUGCUUCACAGGUGGUCAUGACCGACCUGUCGCCAGAUCGCCUGGCCAUGGGCAAGGAGCUGGGAGCAGACCACUGUCUGACUGUGAAGAGGGAAGACGGGCCUGAGGAGCUGGCCAGGCGGGUGGAGGGGCUCCUGGGAGCGCAGCCUCAUGUCACCAUCGAGUGCACCGGCGUGGAGAGCAGUGUCCAAACGGCCAUUUAUUCGACGCGUCCCGGAGGAGUGGUGGUUCUAGUGGGUCUUGGCGCCCCGAUGACCACGGUCCCACUGCUCAGUGCUGCUGUCAGAGAGGUGGACAUCAGAGGAGUCUUCCGCUACCGCAACACCUGGCCGAUGGCUAUAUCGAUGCUGGCCUCUAAGAAGGUGAAUGUGGCUCCUCUGGUGACUCAUCGGUUCCCCCUGGAGCAGGCGGUGCAGGCCUUCGAGACCACGCGACAGGGACUGGGUGUCAAGGUCAUGCUGAAGUGUGACAAGACUGACCAGAACCCCUGAGAGGACUGGAGCCUCCAGAACCAAUAAGAGAACCAGUACAGACCAAUACAGAACUGGUACUCUAACAGUGUUACCCUUGAAUGUUUAACUGUGUUCCAGCAUACAGAUUUAUCAGGUUGCCAGUAGUAGAGUUUCACUGGAAUUACAUUUUACUAUGUGUUUAAUAUGAUACUAUACUGUGAAAUAUUGCUUUGAAUCUUUUAAUAAACCCGACACUAAUGAAACAUUUAUAGUUAUAGCUAUAGUUGAAGGUUUUUGGCUAGUCCUCUUGUCAGUACUAACUGAUGCCACUAGGAGGAGGUAGAGACUAAUUCCCAAUAUUCUAAUACUGUAUGUUGCCAAGUUCAUAGGGUGGCAAAUUGCACAUAGACCCUUUUCUGUGUUUACAAACAUUGCGAUGCAAACAGUUUGCAGAAACAACAUCAAGCUAUUACUUUAAACGAUAGUUAUUGAUAUAACCAGUAAUGUUAAAUAUGACCCCAGCAAGUGAGAGACUAAGAGGAAGUUUUAGAUGUUCAAGGUUUUUGGAAUAUUACCCUUCAUUCUAAUGUCAAGAUCGGGACUAAUUAUUUAGUAGUCCGUAUUUGUUGAGGACGGUUAUGUUUGGAUGCAGUCCAUCUAUGAGUGAUGUGACUGUACACAUUUAUGUGAUGACGACUGGAAAACGGUCUAUAAUUUAAUGCAAACAAUCAUUUUUGUUCAUACAAUAAAUCUGAGCUAUAAACCUAAAUCUAUUCACUGAUAGUACCCUUCAUAAGAAAAGUAAAAAAAUAAAGAUAGAUUCUCCCAAUGAGCAGCC